AUGAGCGAGCCUUACAAUGUUUCUGAAACUAGUGACACCUUACCAGUCUCCAAUUAUGAUUUAAUCCGACAACAACAGCAAGCAAUAAAAGAACAAGAUGAGGGCCUGGAGACGUUAUCUUCCGUCAUUGCCCGUCAAAAAGAAAUGGGUCUUGCGAUUCAUGGCGAAGUCACUGAUCAAAACGCCUUGAUUGACGACAUCGACGAUUUAACUGCGCACACUACGAACAGGAUAAGGAAGGAGACACAUGGCCUAGAUAUUAUAAGACGAAAAUCAUCUACCUGUGGUUUGUAUGUGAUAAUCGUUGUUCUGUUACUGGUUAUAAUUGUUAUCGCGUCCGUUCCUGCAAUUUACCAGUAA